UGUUCGGAUCCUGUCAGGGGUCUGGUGGUCCAGGUGCACUACGCCAUCAUCUUUGAGGUAGAGGUGGACGGUGGUGGUGUCUCCAAUGACACUCUGGACUUCAUCACUCUGCAGAACAACCUGGUGGAGAAGAACUACCCUGGAGCCGCCGAACAACCCACCAUCAUCUACACCAUCACCGACUUUCGCAACUACAUCACUGAGGCGCUGCACAAAGACGACUUCCUGACCAGCAGCACCCUGGAAAAUGCAGAGAACGCGUUGCCUGCUAUGAAACCUACAAGCAAACCAGGCGACGCCUACAGCAGCAUGGAUAAUGUCCUUGCGGCAGAAAAACCUCCCGACGCUCCGAGCCACGAGACAGAUCCCAGUGAUGUUUUCCUGAAGAAGGAGGACUUCCUGUUGGACACAUUUGACCAAUGGAAAGGUCCUCAGAGUGAGGCAGUGAGUGAAAAUGAUGUCUUCAUGUUUGACGAAAGCACACCUCCUUCACCAGCUGCCGAAAUCCCAGAAAAAACCUUUGACAUGGAGCCCAUGACUAGAGAAAACAACGGAAAUAUUGAAGACGAGGGUUUCCUCGUUGGUAACAUUCCCAGCAACAAUGAUGUCCAAAAAGGAGUCCAUUCUGAAGACUCCUCUGCAGCCAGAAUACCUCCAACAUCCUCUGAGGUCACGUUUGAGGAUACAUCUGGCUCUGGUUCCUCAGGAGAUGGUCAGGGCACUGAUUUGUGGCAGACUUCAGAGACAUCUGACAUCAAUUAUAACAUGGGUGAUGGUAGCCUGGAGGUUCUGCCCCCACCAGAUCUGGAAGUGGAUGCAGAUGAGGACAUACCUGCUGUAGGGACACCAACCACCAAAACAAAAGACGUAGUUGCAACAGAAGAAGUAUUCAAAGAGCCAGUUGUUUUACAGAUGACAACAGCUCAUGCUUUUGAAAAAUCAUCUUUGGAUGAACCUACUAUGGUAACACCACACAUCAGCACGGAACCACCGGACUUAACCACAUUCCAGUUACCUGUGUUCUCUACAGCAAGGAUGCCAAGUGUGGAACUUCCUGUGCAAACAGUGGAGGCAUCUGGUUUUCAUGAAGAUUAUUUCCUGACUGAGACAUAUACCUUUUCUUCACCAGUCACAGUUUCUCCUGAACCUGAGACUUAUGAGUCUGUUGGUUUUCCUGGUCCAACUGAUUCAAUCGAGCUUCAAGAGGUCACAGAACAGGUGGAAGUGAUGACUAAAGCAGUAACAGAGACACCUGUGCUAACAGUCACCUCAGAACCAAAGGAAGACCUCCUAGAGAAGAAAGAGACUGAAAGCAGGACUGUUACACUUGAAUCACUUGAAAUCCUUGAUACCAAAACUCCACAAGCUGUAAACUUGUCUUUUGUAGAGGUUCAAGCAGCCACAGUCAGUGAAUUUAUCUUUGAAACAGGCACAGAUGAACCAUCACAACUAGAUGUCUUCACUGAUAAACCUGAACCACCUCUUGCAGAGACAAAAACUCACGAAAAGGUUGAGAUCUUGGAAGAGAAGCAUUUAGACACAAGUUACCUUACAACUACAGCCCCAACGCCUAAAGUCCUGGACCAUGAACUAGUUGUAGACGAGGUUUUUGUUGUUACUACAUCGACAGCAACUCCCAUCCCAACUUUAUCUGUAGUUCCAGACCACAGCAGUGGUGUUGCUCUCUCUCCUGAGAAGGAUUCACCGUUCACUCGAAUCUCUGAUUCAGUGCCAGAGGACGAGGAUCUCUUUCACCAGGAGCACCAAAAUCAUGAUGAAGAGACUGAGGUUUCAGUUAGCCCACUGUCCCCAGCAGUCUCUCUGUCUUCAACAGUGAAAGAAAGUGUUCCAACUGAUUCUGCAGAGGGAUCAGAAGGUUCUUUGACAUUAAACCGAAGCCUAAGUCCAACCACAACAGAAGUUUCAGGGUGGGAAAAACAACCCCUGGGACAGGAAGUAAAGCUUGCAACAGUUAAGAUAGAGCCUUUGGGUGGCAAAGUAGAUCCCUCAGGAGAUAAAGUAGACCUUUCUGUAAUAGAGGGCAAAAAGGAACUUUCAGAAAUAAACGUAAAACUUCCAGUAGACACAGAGAAACAUUCUGAAGCAGGGAGCAAAAUAGAAUCUUCUGUAAAGAAAGAAGAACCCUCACAAGAGGAAGUAGAACUUUUGAGAGUAAAGGAACAACUUUCUGGAACAGGAGAAGAAUCUCCUGGAGAGAAAGUAAAACCUUCUGAAGCAGAAGUAGAUCCUUCAGGAGGGAAAUUACAACUUUCUAAGGGAGAAGAACAAUUAGCAAAGGAAGUGCAACCUUCUGUAAGGGAGCCUUUAGAAGAAGUCACAGCUUUAGGGGGUAAAGUAGACAGUGACAUCCUUCAAAUGCCAACACCCUCCUUACCAAAAGUCAAUGACAGCACUUCUGAAUUUGAACCUUUCGAACAAGAUUUUUCAGACAUGCCGAGCAUUGAUGUCAGCAUCGAUGUAUUCCACUACGACACGAGGGUCAGAGAAGGUGAAAGCAGUGGCUUCUUCAGUGGAGUGCCAGGUUCAGACCUCGAGGCGAUUGCUCUACCAACGAGACCAGGCAGAGAUUUAACUGUUUUCUUUAGCUUGAGGGUGACCAACAUGGUGUUUUCUGCUGACCUCUUCAACAAGAGUUCCUCGGAGUACAAAGCUCUAGAACAACAGUUCAUAGAGCUGCUGGUCCCUUAUCUUCAGUCAAACUUGAGCCACUUCCAGAACUUGGAGAUCCUCAACUUCAGAAAUGGCAGCAUUGUCGUGAACAGCAGAAUGCGGUUUGGGAAACCAGUACCUCAAGAGGUUACCAAUAUCAUCUACCUGAUCCUGGAAGACUUUGCCAACAAUGCCUACCAGACCAUGAACCUGGCCAUUGACAAGUACUCACUAGAUGUCGAAUCAGGUGACCGUGCUGAUCCCUGUAAGUUCCAGGCCUGUAACGAGUUUUCAAAGUGUAUGGUGAAUCAGUGGUCGGGCGAAGCCGAGUGUGUCUGUGACCCCGGAUAUCUGAGCGUUGACGGCCUGCCGUGUCAGAGCAUCUGUGAGGUCCAACACGACUUCUGCCUUAACGAUGGCAAAUGUGACAUCAUUCCUGACAAGGGCGCCAUCUGCAGGUGUCGGGUCGGAGAGAACUGGUGGUAUCGUGGGGAGCACUGCGAGGAGUAUGUCUCUGAGCCUUUGGUGGUGGGCAUCGCCAUCGCCUCGGUGGCCGGUUUCCUCUUGGUGGCUGGUGGGAUCAUCUUCUUCCUGGCCCGAACUCUCAGAGAACAUUACGAUGACGAGGACACAGAGGACCCACUACGACGGGGCGAAAGUGUUCCCAGUCUAAAGCGCGCCACCAAGUUCAACCCUAUGUAUGAGAACGACCCAGUCUCUGCCCAGUACUACCGUCGCUAUGACGACAACCUGCCACCAUACUACCAGUGCUGUGACUCCGCCCUCCCCCAGUACGGCUCCACAGAUCUGAGUGAUGAAGAGAUUCAGAACAUCUAUCAAAACACCACACUGACUAGAGAGGAGAUCCAGGAGCGUCUGAGAAUCAUCGAGUUGUGUUCCAGAGAUCAGCGCUUCGCAGACUUCAUGCGCCAGACUCAAGUAUUCCUGGAGAGGAGAGGGAGCUCCACCACAUAA